AUGUGUGUACAAUGGACAGGAAUUUGUGAAAAAGGGAAAUUGCACUUCAACACCAACAGCGGUCAAGUCGGUCGUCGAUGCCAGAAGCGCAUCAAAACAAUCAAACUACCUUCAAAUCAUCAAUGUUUUACAACCAAGGGACUAAAGAACAUGAGUAUAUACCUAUAG